AUGAACAAAUCUGAUGAAAAGUACAAAGAAGUGAUCGAUUGUUUCCGUAAAGCUACGUAUGCGCUUUCCCCAACAAGAUACGAAGAAGGUCUUCAAGAAAUGGUAUAUUUGGGAAGGCCGUGGGUUGUUGAAUAUUGCCGCAACAUUCCUAUGGAGAAGUGGUCCAGUGCGUUCUUUCUAGGCUGUAGGUUUGGUAAGACUUCUUCAAGUGUUUCCGAAUCAUUUAAUAAUUGGAUUUCCGAUGACAAGAAGUUACCUGCCUGUUCUCUCGUUGACACGAUCAAGCUACGUAUAAUGAAGAUGAUGUCAGAACGCCAUAAAGAAAGUUCUCUGAUGAAUCCAGAACUCUUAACCCCUGCGUAUCAAGCCUUGCUUGAACUACACAUUCAGAUGGGUCGUCCUUGGAGAGUUACUCAGUCGGAUAAUCACCUCUUUAAAGUGCAUUCUCCAAGAUGGCGCGUCUAUGGAUUCCCAUGCUCGCAUGCUACUGCAGCAAUAGCUGCAACUGGCAGUAGGUUCCUUGAUUAUAUCGACAACUACUUCAAAGUUAGCAGUUUUCAUGAGCUAUAUUCAUUAGCUAUUAGACCUGUUCCUAAUUACGACAGGCCUGAUGAGUAUACCGAGGAAGAUAUUAUUCUGCCACCAACUGUAAUUAGGGAUCCCAAGGAAGAAAAAAGGCGAAUCGCAUCAAGAGCGCAUGGGAAAAGGGAAAAAAUCCCGUUACAUGUUCAAAUUGUGGUUUUGAAAACUCAUCACAACAAAGCUACAUGCAACAUUAUCCGUCAGUACUUGUACCAGUGA